AUGAGUUUGAGGAUCUUCUCGCUCGAGGAGGAUUUCUUCGAGCUGCGGGGUUUGUCGCUCGAGGAAGAUUUUCUCGAGCGGCGUGGUGCGGACGGAGGAGGGCUCUCGUCCUUUCUUGGCGGAGGAGAUCGUUGCGGCGAAGUCGAUCUUCGCGGCGAGACGGAUCUCUGUGGCGAGAAAGAUGGGUUUCUUGUAGGGACAGGCUUGUCCCUACCUUCAGCGGGUAGCGACUUGUCUAUCGUGCUGGUAGACUGUCGCUUAAGUUUUCUUCUGAGGGAGACGGGCUCCCGGUGGGAGUGUUCUCUUUCGAGUUCGCCAUCGUUGCUAGUUCGUGAAAAUCUAGAUAUCUUCGAGAUGAAUAGCGAGAAGCGUUUCCAGCCCCACGGUGGGCGCCAAUUGUUGAAUCCGAGAUAG